UUAUUCCCGAUCGUGAUUCGUGAUAUUCAAUUAUCUGUGGAUCCAAGAAUAGGUAUAGUCCAUACUCCAUACUUUAUUUUUAUGUGUUCUAAGUGAACUGUUAUGUAAAAUUGUAAGUAAGAAAGUAAAAAAAAAGUACAAAGCAAAAUAUUGAUAACGGUGGAAUACAAUUUUCUCGUUUCAAAGAAAUCGAAUCUUUUUAAAAUGUACUUUUACUCAUCAAUUGUUAUUAUUUUAAUCGCUUCAAACUACGUCUACGGUCAAACUGACUCCAAUCAAGAACUUUAUGAUAUAGAAGGAACAGUAAUGCUACCGAACAUGACGACUUCCUGGUUAGCGGAAACAGUUGUUCAUCUAAAAGGCGGAGAAGCGAUCGGUUUCCUAAGGAAAAAUGGUUCUUUCGUCAUAUCAAAAGUACCAUCUGGGUCGUAUGUCGUGGAAGUAAUAAAUCCCAAUUAUAUAUACGAACCUGUCAGAGUGGAAAUUAAUUCUAAAGGCAGAUACCGAGCACGCAAAGUAAACUAUAUACAGUCUUCACAUGUCCAUCAAGUAGCUUACCCAUUAGAGUUUGUUAACUAUAUGCCUGCUAAGUAUUUCUACUCGCGAGAACAGUGGAAAAUAACAGACUUUCUAUUUAACUCAAUGGUUUUAACAAUGGUAUUGCCUCUCCUCGCCAUUGUGGUUUUGCCAAAAUUGAUGAAUGAUCCGGAAACAAAAAAGGAAAUGGAACAACUUACCAGCUAUAAGCAUGACAUGCCCGAAAUGUCUGAAAUGAUUACAUCGUUUUUCACUGGAAAUCCACCAGCUACCAACGACAAACCAAAAGAAAAGACAAAGGCCAUUAAGAAUUCAAAAAAAUCAAAUAAAAGCAACUAGUUUAAGUGAUAUUUGUAAAUUUUCCCUAAUAUAGAAGUUAGACACAUGUACAUACAAUCUAUAAGCUUUAUAAACAGAUAGUGUUGUUUUUUUUUAUUUGUACAAAAGUAUAAUAUGAUCAUAAACUAAUAUCAAUAUUUAACUGAUGGUUAUAAAAAUAGAUUGACUUAUUAUAUACAUACAAAAAUAAUCUCAACAUAAGAUUAACACACACACACAUACAUUAUAUGCAUAUUUUGUAUUCAUAGCACUCUGUAGUGGUAAAAAUCCAUGACCAAUUGACACAUGUUAAAGCUUGCAGCUAAUGACACAAUAUAUAAUAAAAAUAGUAAAACAAAUGGCGCCAACAGUACUUGUGUUCCUUGUAUAAUUGGUAAACCUAUAAAUAAAAUUGAAUUAAUAAUAAUA